AUGUACAGCCUUGGCAAGGAGAACCACAGCUCUGUCUCUGAGUUCAUCCUCCUUGGCUUCUCCAGUGAGUCUCAGGUCAGAAUGGCUCUGUUCACGUUCUUCCUUCUUCUCUACUUUAUCACCAUUUUGGGCAAUGGACUCAUCAUCACCCUGAUCUACUUGGAUACACACCUCCACACACCUAUGUACUUCUUUCUCAGCAUCCUCUCCCUGGUAGACAUGAGCUAUGUCACCACCACUGUGCCCCAGAUGUUGGUUAAUCUGGUAUAUCCAGGGAGGACCAUUUCCUGGGGAGCUUGUGCAGCCCAGAUGUUCAUCUUCUUGAUCCUGGGCAUUGCUGAGUGUGUCCUCUAUGCCAUUAUGGCCUAUGACAGGUACGUGGCCAUCUGCCACCCUCUCCGGUAUAAGGUCAUCAUGAGCCGCUGGAUGUGCCUUCUCAUGGUGGGCAUCUGUGCAGCCGAUGGUGUGGUGGGUGGUCUGUCCUAUACCUUCGUUGCUAUGCACCUUCCCUACUGUGGUCCUAAUGAAAUUGACCACUACUUCUGUGAGGCUCCUGCAGUCCUGAAGCUGGCCUGUGCAGACACAUCCCUCAAUGACUUGGUGGACUUCAUCACAGGCUUCAAUGUCAUUGUGGUCCCACUUUCCUUGACUGUCCUUGUCUAUGUCAACAUCUUUGCCACCAUCAUGAAGAUCCGCUCAGCUCAAGGACGGAUCAAGGCCUUCUCCACAUGUACCUCCCACAUCACUGUGGUUACCAUGUUUGCUAUUCCAUGUAUCAUCACAUACAUGAGCCCUGGCUCUGACUCCUUGUCAAACAAUGGCAAGAAAAUGGCCCUUUUCUAUAACAUUGCCACAGCCUUCCUCAACCCUGUCAUCUACAGUCUGAGGAAUAAGGACGUGAAAAAUGCUUUCCUCAAAUUGAUGGGAAGGGGCAGGGCCCCAGAGUGA